AGGCGGGAGCCGGAGCCCCCACCCGGCCGGGCCGCCGCCUCCUACAAAAGGGCGCGCGCCCAAACGGCUCGAACCUCCCCCACUCUCACUCCCUCGCAGCCUCCACCCGAGUCCGGAGGUCACAGACUCCGCGAAGCAGAGCAGCAGCCGGCCCAGCCAUGAAGCGGACCAGAGCGCAGCAGCCCAAGAUCGAGGACCCGCAGGACGCGGGCGCCGCCGCGAGCGCCGGCAACUGCAACCCCACCAAGCCGCAGCGCCGGGCCAAGCAGCCGCGGCAGCCCAAGGCGGGCGCCGCCGCCAAGAAACCCUCCGCGGCGGCGGCGCGCGCCGCGGCUGCCGCCGCCGCCGCUAAUGCCGCUAGUGCCGCUUCGGCCGCGCCGUCGCCCGGGCCGGAGUCAGCGCAGACCGUGCCGGACGCGUGCGCCGCCGCCGGGGAGGGCUCGCGCCCCGUGGACUGGGACCUCGACGCCGGGCUCGACGCGGCGGCGUGGUGGACGUGGGGCGUCGACGAGGAGAAGCUGCUCGGGUGGUUCCCGUUCGUCGAGGAGGACUUCCGGUGCGCCGGCGGCCGCGCCGGCGACGCCGAGGUGGCCGCGUUCGACCACGACAUCUGGAGCAUUUGGUGAAAACCUGGGCGCAAGGACAGGGACGCCGCCGGAGCUGGCGCCCGCUGCUUCUGCUCCUCUUGCUCCGGCCGGGGUGGUGUUCCGGUACAGGAACGCAGGUAUGGCGGCGGCGGAGGAAAUUUGUAGGCGAGGUAGCUAGGAGACUAAUUGUGUAAGCUAUGCAAGGUUCAGACGUUCAGGCAUGGAAUCCGAAGUGCUCUUCGUUGCUCCAUUGAUCGAGUUCCGAAGCGGAUCGAAUUUUUCGCAGCUCGUGGUUAGGGAUGGCAUUUCGCGGUGAACUUGAAAGCUUUGCUUGCGAUCAAACUCAUUGGAGCCCGAAAUGCCCAUGUUCUAGCAGGCCUUGACAGGGGUAUCGGUGGAAUUUGCAACUGCCCAGAUACUUGGAGCGGUGCCCCUAUUCCCGCUACUCGAGUUCCCAUCAGCGAGUUGCUUUCGCGCCCAGUAUAAAAAUAUCCCAUCAGUUCUUCCU